AUGCAUGUCUAUGAGAUGAAUAGUUUAAGUAAAUAAUUCACAAAAACUAAAGAUAUAAUUGUUAAUCAAGGUAGAGAUGCUAAUGUAUUCUUUCCAUAAUAAUAUAUUAAAUCAAAAUAAUUAUUAUUGAAUAAGCAUGGUGAAUAUGUCAAUGUUAUAAGAAUGACACAAAAUGGACAAUUUAAACUUGAGUAAUCUAUUUAAUUUAAAACAAACAGUAUAUUUGGGUCAUUAAGUGAUGAUGGAGACUAUUUGAUAACUUGGGAUCAAACAUCAAAAGAAAUAUAAAUUAGGAAAUACACAGAACAAUUAUAAUUUAUAAAUACAAAUUAUAUUUUAUUAUUUAUUAAUAUUUCUUCAAAUUUAAUCAAACAUUCUAAAAAUUUUUGUUUCAGUUUAUAUAAAGAGUAUCCUAAAUCAUCUUUCCCAAAUGAAACGAAUUUGUAUCAGAAAUUACUCAAUACAAAACAAAUAAUAAUCAUUAUUAAAAAUGCUUUUAAGUUAGUUAUCAAAUUAUGCUACAUUUACAAGUUAAAUCAAAAUAACAAACAAAAUUAAUAUUAAAAAAAUCCAUAAAAACUAUUGCCCUUAAAAAUACAUAUUUUAUUCGAUUUUCAAUAUAAAAUAAUUACCAGAGCCUUCUAUUCUUAGCACCUUUUAUGCUCUCGAAAAGAAUACAAUAAUAUUAAAUUCAAGUUCUAAUUCAAUUUGAUUUAAUAUUCAUUAGCUUCAAUAUUAAUUCUUCUUUCCUUCAUUAUUUUUGUGCUAUUAAGAAAAAUAAUUAUUAUUCCACUUUUUAGUAUGAAAUAAUAAUUUAUUAUGAAAUGGUAAACAUUAUAUAUAAAUAUUUAAUACUAUCUCCUUUGUUUUAAAUUAAAAAUAUUUAAUUAAUAGAAUCUUUUUUCAAUUUAAAUUAUAGUGAAAAUCACUGUUCAAAUAAAUCUAAAAGAGAAUAAUAAAAUGAUCAUUGAAUGUUAUAAAAGACAGAAAUUUAGGACUAAUCAUCAAUUCUAAAUAAUUAUAUAUAAAUUUCUAUAUUUGACUAAUAUUUCAAUUUUUCCUCUUUAUCAGACCAUAUUUCUAAGACUUAGAGCUCCUAAAAGUGGAUUCUUAAUCUAAUCAAUCAGAAAAUAUGAUUGUUUUCAUCCCUUACAUUUGGUGAUUUACACUACUAAACAACUUAUUUGA